UAACGAUCAUUCUGUUUUGUUUCGUUGCAGUUAUCGUGCCGCAGCUCGUCCUCGAUCAACGACAACAUCAAUAUGAUUAAUUGCGAUAUAUUUGAAUGCGAUGCCGGUGUCGGCGAACGAUUUCGUAACGGUCCACGAAACGAAGCUACGAGCAAAACUUACCAAUCACGCCACGUACACCAAAAGUAAAACAAAAAUAGAAAAUAAGAGAAGGAGCAUAUACGUCAGGGUGCGUACGCCUGAUUUGGGGGGAUUUACACGUGUGGUAGUGGACAAAUAGGACGAAUGUUUGCAAUGACGUUCUUGCUGCUGCCGCUGAUGACAUUGCUAAACCUAUUCUACGCCGUCCAAUGUAGCACCGAAAUUUCGUAGAGGAUUUUGCCUAUCGAACUGUGAAGUGUAUUAAAUCGCCGUUAGUCAAAGGAGUAGCAGCACUAUCAUACCGAUGAUACAUGUACGGGGCGGUGUUAUUUAUGUAGGCGUCAACUGCCGAUCGAAGCGGCGAACAAAGCAGGAUUUUUUAACUGCUGGCCAGUGUCGAACAGAAAAGGCUUUCGAAGGCAGGGAUCACCUUAUUGCCAAGCAAAGGUUGGCCAUGUUUAGUAUAUGUGUUUGUUCUCCUAUAUACCUGGUCUCCUAUAUAUCUCUACGCACAGGCUAUAACUGUUCGUUCUUACGCCCACUCAUGUACAGUAGAGACUGGAAAGGUGAUGAGAAUACGUUUCUACUGUACAGAGGCGGUGGCUGUUCCUGCUCCUAUCAUUGCUAUCCCAACGAUUCAGCUGCUCAGCUCAUCUGCGCGAGCCAUCACAGAUUGCUAGUCGCUGUAUGGCACAAUUUCUACGGACGCUGCCCAUUUGGGUGCCCGCCAAAUACCCGAAAAGUGCAAAAGAAAGUGUUGAAUGUUUGGGUUCGUUGCGUCUCACUAGCGUCUGUGCGGUUUUGCUGUAUUCACUAGUCGCGCGCGCACCGUAGCGGCGUCUCUAGAAGCGGGCUCGUUUUGUAUGUGACUAGUGGGCUUGUUGGUUGGUUGACGUCCGUUCGUUCCAGCAUUGUGGAGGCAAGGGCAAAAAGGUUUCGGCAGUUGCCUUCGAAGGAUUGGACAUGGUCCGCGCACCGGCCAGCGGGCAGCGGGCAUCGGACGCAUCGUUAAAUCAUCGAUGAAUGCCAUGGUCGGCUGCGCCUGUCUAUGCAUCGGCUGAUACAGCCUCCGCGGCCGCCCUUGUGUUGUUGUUGUUGUUGUUGUUGUUGUUUCCACUGUCGUUGUUAUUGUGAUGUGUUGGAUGCGGGAACAGCGAGAGGAGAGCAAGCAUCCUACAGGAACUAACGCUACUAUCGGACUGCGACGAAAGAUCUGGCCAGCGGGCCAUGUCCGUUCACUGUUGCUGCUGCUACUGUCGCUGCUGCAUUGCAUUGCAUUGCAGUGCAGUGCUGGGUGAAAGGGGCCUUUCCGCGCUGGUCGAGAGCAAGGGAUGGCGCGCAAGAGACAACGUUUGUCAGACCAGCCCGCCUGGACUGGCUGGCUUACUGGCGGACUGGUGCCUGGCGGUUCGUUUAGCCGUCGCUACCGAAGGAGACGGCUGCAGCGAGACAGCUGCCUAUGUCCUCGCUGCUAUUGGUGUUGUAUUCUCGCUGCGUGUAGGGGUAUUUAACGGACCGGGCAACUGGUGCCAGAUCAGUGUGCAGUGUGUUGUGUGUGUACCUUGUCGACCGUCGGAUACAACGGAUAAACCGGACAGCCAUCAUGAGGGUCUUCGGCGGACUCUUGGCGCUUGUUGGCGCCACUGCAGUGGCGCACGCUGGUGGCCACGGCUGGGAGCCGCACGGCCACGUGCAUGAAGUGGUUAAGUACGUGCACAAGAUUGUGCCUGUGCCCAAGCCCAUCCCAGUGCCGAAACCGUUCCCUGUGCACAAGUACGUACCGAUUCCACAUCUCAUCCAUGUACCUAAGCCAGUGCCGGUGCCCGUUAAGGUGCCAGUGGUAAAGAAGAUCCCGAAGAUCGUGCACGUGCCGAAGGUCGUGCCAGUGCCAAAGCCGGUCCCUGUCCCACAUCAUGUGCCAGUCCCGGUGCCUGUGCCCGUUUACAAGCAUGUCCCAGUGCCCGUCUACAAGCACGUCCCCGUCCCUGUCGUGAAGCACGUUCCCGUGCCUGUCAAGGUGCCCAAAUUUAUUCCCGUGCCAGUGCACAAGAUCAUCAAGGUGCCUAAACCAAUUGCCGUCCCAGUGAAAGUGCCCGUCUUCAAGGAGGUCAUUGUCAAGAAGCCCGUUGAGGUUGGAGUACCCGUUUACAUUAAGAAGAAGAAGAUUGAGCAUCACGGAUGGUAAACUGCUUGUGAGAAGCAUCACGUCUAAUGGGAAACGAAACACGACAAUAACGAUAAUAUGCGGAUUAUUUACUGCCAAUAUGUACUAUGCACUAACGAGUAUCAAACCGCCAAAAAAGGGGCACGUGCCCCUUCUCCAAAAUCCUCCUAUGACUGCUUGCGAAAGUACAAUGAGAUCGUUGGUGCACGAAUCGCGCGCUUCCGCACCGGAAUUUACCCUCGAAUUAAGUGGCGUGGCGUGUGCGCGAUGUCCUUAAUGGGAUGAAUUUAUGUUACAUCAGGAUUGUCCUGACGAGAAGUAGGGAAGCAAGGAGAAUCAACGUAAACGAUGUCUUUCACCUAUGUCCUUCAAAAUCAGUAGGAACCCUAAGCUACGUCCUACCACAUCGAAGUUGAAACCUACAGACGGAGAAACACCAUAAUGUCAAAAGUGAAACCAACCAUACGAACGGGAAUGAAUAUCGAAACGAGAUCAUAGAGAUAUGCCGUCCAA